AUGUGUGAAUCGCACAUACAUGAUCACAGUUAUUUUGAUACUGUACAGAGUCAAAGCAAUUCAGCUCGAACAAAUACUGUGAUUAUCAAUGACGACAAUAUAGGAGAUAAUUUAAAUCAUGAACUUUCGAUCGUACAUGAUCAUAGUUAUUUUGAUACUGCACAGAACCAAAGCAAUUUAAUUAGAACACAUACUGUGAUUAUCAAUGACGAUAAUAUAGGAGAUGAUUGUAACAAUAUUUCUGAGCAUUAUCUCGGACUUAUGGACGUGUCAUGCAUUCACUGUAGAGCUAAACAUUUCAGUGCAGAAAGAGUAAGUAAUAAAGGAAAUUCAUUUCAUGAUUGCUGCAGUCAUGGCCAAGUAGUCUCAGAUCCAUUACCAGAUCCACCAGAAAUUUUGAAACAAUUAUUUGAUGGUACUCAUGCUUUGUCAAAUGAUUUUUUGGAUAAAACUCGUAGCAUUAAUAGUUUAUUUUCCUUGGCAUCGUUUAAUGCUAACUUGGUUCAAUUUAAUAACAGACGACCAGGGCCAUUUUGUUGUAAAAUCCAAGGUCAAAUUUAUUAUCAGGUUAAAACAGCUUUAUAUCCUGCUAAUAAUGAGUUACCAAGUUUCGGUCAACUUUUCAUAAUUGACACUAAUGAAGCAACGGAUGUGCGACUAAAAAUGAAUUCUACAUUAAAUUCAGAGAUUUUGACUGCUAUUCAUAAUGUAAUGCAACAAAACAAUGUUUUCGUGCAAUCAUAUCAAAUGAUGAAAGAAGAACUAGACUUAAUGACAUCUGAGAACAAUGGCACUGAACCUGAAGUUAAUGAGGUUGCAGCUAUUUUUUCUACCACAGCAGACGGUGAAAUUCCAGAAUCUUAUGUUACCAUACGUAAUAGAAAUACGAAAGAAUUACAAUAUGUUAGUUCAAUGGAUCCUAAUGUCGAACCAUGGACAUAUCCUUUAUUCUACCCUUAUGGAACUAGAGGCUGGUUUGAUGGAAUGACAUUGGUUGGUAGCGGUCGUAGAUUGAGCAGAAACGCUUAUACAAAGUAUCGAAUGGCUAUUCGAGAUAAGCCAAAUUAUAUCUUAAUGGGACGUCUUUUUUUUCAGCAAUGGACAGUUGAUCAAAGUGUUAAAGCUGAAAAAGAUAAAUUGGAAUUUUUAAGAAACAAUCAAAAAAAAUUAAGAGCUGACACAUAUUCAAGUCUUUUAUCACAUUUAGAAAAAAGCGCACAAGAAACAAAUAGUCGCGUUGGAAAUGUUAUUAUUCUUCCAUCAACUUUUCUCGGAUCACCAAGAAAUAUGCUACAAAAUUAUCAAGAUGCGAUGACUAUUGUACGCAAAUUUGGUAAACCUGAUUUAUUUAUCACAAUGACAUGCAACCCAAAGUGGAAAGAAAUUACGGAAAAUCUUUUAAGUGGACAAACUGCUUCAGACAGGCCAGAUAUAGUAGCACGCGUCUUCGAAUUGAAAAAGGAAGAGUUGGUUAAAAUAAUUGUUAAAGAGAAAUUGUUUGGUGAAGUUCAAGCCUACGUUUAUGUAGUCGAAUAUCAAAAACGUGGACUACCACAUGUUCAUAUGCUGCUAACAUUAAAACCAAAUAGUAAAAUUAGAACACCUGACAUUGUAGAUAAAUAUAUAUCGGCUGAAAUUCCGCAUCCUGAAGAAAAUUUAAAAUUGCAUGAAAUAGUUAAAGCCAAUAUGGUUCAUGGUCCUUGCGGAGAUUGGUGUUUAGAUAAAAAUGGUAAAUGCUCUAAAAAUUAUCCACGACAGUUUAAUGAUCAGACGAAUAUGGAUGAAGAUGGAUAUCCACUGUACAGACGUCGAAAUACUGAAUCUUACAAUCGACGCAAUGGAUUUGAAUUCAAUAAUCAACGAAUUGUACCUCACAAUAAAAAGCUUUUAUUGUUAUUAAAUUGUCAUAUCAAUGUUGAAGUUGUUGCGAGUAUUAAAGCAGUAAAGUACCUUUUUAAAUAUAUAUAUCAGGGGCACGAUUCUGCUGCUGUUGUGAUUCAAAAAGUACAAAGCAAUGAGAAUCAGGAAACAAGAGUGCUUGAUCAUGAUGAAAUUAAAAAUUACAUUGAAACUCGAUACAUUAGUCCACCCGAGGCCUGUGGUCGUAUAUUAAGCAAUAAAUUGCAUGAUAAAAGUCAUUCAGUUUGUCGUCUUCCUGUUCACUUACCAAAUCAACAAACUAUUGUAGUUCAAGAUGUUGAUGACCCAGACGCACUUAGAUCUGCGCUGAAUCGUAAAACAGAACUUGAGGCAUAUUUUGCCUUGAAUGAACGUGACCCAUCAGCAAGAAAUUAUACUUAUUCUGAAAUUCCGUUACAUUAUGUAUUUUUCAAAAAUAAGAAUUCACCUAAUGCUUUUACAUGGCAAAAGCGCAAAAAGCAUUUUAAUAUGUUAGGUCGCAUGUAUUCAGUGAGUCCAGCACAACCAGAAUUAUUUCAUUUGAGAUUAUUGUUAAUAACAGUAAAAGGAGCUACAAGUUAUGAACAUUUAAGAACAGUUGACGGUGUCCUGCAUGAUAGUUUUGUUUCUACGUGUUUAUCACUAGGUUUGAUUGAAGACGAUAAUGAGUGGAAAAAUGCCAUGCAUGAAGCAGAAGUUUGGAUGAUGCCUAGACAAUUAAGACAGUUGUUUGUAAGAAUUUUAAUCCAUUGUCAACCUGUACAUCCAGAAGAAUUGUGGGAAGAAUUUAAAGAUGCACUUUCUCAAGACUAUUCAAGAACUAUGUCUGAAAACCUAGCACAUAAAAAAGCAUACAUUCAAAUAAAUACAUUGUUAAUUAAUGAAAAUUCAAGUAUUGCAGCUUUUCCUUCAAUGGUACAAAUAACUGAAACUGAAGAAGACAUUGAAAAUGAAAUAUUGAUUGAACAACAUCAAACUAUUGGCACUCAACAGUACCAAAAGUUAAAUGAGAAGCAAAAACAAAUUGUAGAUAUAGUUUUAGAAACAUUAAAUGCUGAACAAGAAAAUGAAAAUCAUCAUCGAUGCUUUUUUAUUGAUGGGCCGGGUGGAUCUGGAAAAACAUUUGUUUAUACCACGUUAUAUCACUUAUUACGAAGUAAAGGAACACAAGUUUGCACUAUGGCUUUUACUGGAAUUGCAGCUACCUUAUUGCCUCAUGGUAAAACUGUCCACAAAACUUUUAAGUUACCAAUUGCAAUUUACAAAGAUUCAUCUCUAACUAUUAAAGCACAAUCCAAGGAAGCAUUAUAUUUAAAAAAUAUAGAUGUAUUUUUUUGGGAUGAAGCACCAAUGGCUCCAAGACAUGUUUUAAAUUUAGUAGAUCUUAAUUUAAGAGAUAUAAUGAAUAAUGAUAAACCAUUUGGAGGAAAGAUAAUGAUACUCGGAGGCGAUUUUCGACAACUACUACCGGUUAAGCAGAAUGCUAUUCGCAGCGAAUUGGUAAAUUUAUGCAUUAAGUUUAGUUCUUUGUGGUCUAAUUUCUUUCAAUUUUCUCUAACUGAAAAUAUGCGCGCAUUACCACAUGAAAAAAAAUUUUCAAAAUUUUUAUUACAAGUUGGAAAUGGAACAGCUAAUCAUAAUGAAAAUGAUUUAUUAUUACCAGAAGAUUGUAUUGCUCCACCUGGUAUAGAUAUUGCAGAAGAUAUUUAUGGAAGUGUAAUUAGGAACAAACAAUUUGAGAAAUUGACAAAAAUGGCAAUUAUAUCAGCUCGAAACGUUGACGUAGAUGAUAUUAAUAAAUCUGUAGUUGAAUUAUUAGACGCUUCAACCGAAAAAAUUUAUACAAGUAUUAAUACAGUAAAAAACUAUGAUAACGAUGAAAUGGGAGUAGUUCUCUUACCAGAAUAUUUAGAAACAUUAAAUCCACCAAAUUUACCGCCACAUGAAUUAAGAUUAAGAGUUAAUACUGUCGUUAUUUCAGUAUUCGGUUGUUAG